GCUGCAGAUGAGUGGGUCAAUAAGCAAGGAGAAAGCAGAGUCAAAUACAGAAGUCUUAAAGAUGUUAUUAAAAUUACCAGGAAACAAAUACUGCUCGGAUUGUAAGAGGAAUGAUCAUCCCAGGUGGGCGAGCUGGUCUUUGGGGAUUUUUUUGUGUAUCAGAUGCUCUGGAAUACAUAGGAGUAUGGGUACUCAUAUUAGCAGAGUCAAGUCAGUAGACCUUGAUUCAUGGACGAAUGAGCAGCUAGAAAAUAUGAUACGCUGGGGAAAUGAACGUGCAAAUAAGUAUUGGGAGGCGAAGCUGAUUCCAGGUCAUAUUCCAUCAGAAAGUAAGAUUGACAAUUAUAUAAGAACCAAGUAUGAGACGAAAAGAUGGGUUAUGGAUGGGCCUAUUCCUGAUCCAUCUACAUUUGACGAAUGUACUGAUAAUGAAAUUAUUCAUAAUAUUGUUUCGAGCCAUGUUUUAGACAAAAAUUCGGCUUCUUCUGUAGCAUCUAAGGCUGCAAAGCAGGUGUAUACGAAAGAACAUCAAAUAUUGGGUAAUUUAUUUCCUUUUUCUGAGAAAAAAGAAGCGCCAUUGCAUCACCAUCAUCAUCAUCAUCAUCAUCAAAAUCUAUCUCGACAAAAUCCUAUUAAAUCAAAAGAACCUUUAUUUAAAUCAAAUUUAAAGAAUCAUUCCAAUAUUUUAGAAUUUCAUGAGUCACAAUCGUCUAAUACGCAUGAAAAAUCAUCAAGAGCUAAUCUUAAAACAUCAAUUCUGUCUCUUUAUUCAACGACAUCUACGUCUCAACCAAAUAUUUUGUCUAAAUCUUUGGUAAAAGAUACAUGUUUACCUGAAGAUCAACAAACGUCUAAACAUGAGUCAUUAUUGUUGGAUAAUUCUAAGGAUAUUUCUAAAAGCCUCCAGGAUCUUGGUAUUUCUGAUGAACAAAAAAUAUUUCAUACUUCUUCUUCUGAAUCUUCACAUCAAUUCUCAAAUCCUGCAGUAUCUUAUUUAUUGAAUACGCAAAAAUUUCCUUCUGUUUCUGCAUCUCAUGAUAUCACUGCAAUGAAAGACAAAACAUCAAGAACAAGCCGAAACCCAAGUUAUUCCAAAGGAAUAUCAUCAAAUGAUAAAGUUUUUGAUUCAGAAAGUCCAUUUAUUAAAAGCUUUGCAACAGAUGCACCGAAAAUAUUUCCAACUCCUGAUAAAGAUUCUUCUUCUAAACAAUGGGAUAGCGAUUCAUUAACAUUUAGUUCCUUUCAGCCGUCUAAUUUUUUUACCGACUCCGAUACCUUAUCUUUUCAUACUUCUCCAUGGUCAAUUGAUGAGCCUAAAGAAAUACAACGGAAUCCUAUUAGUUAUCAGAAGGAUGUACUUCAUAAGGAUGAUGUCCAUGACAAAAAUGUCCUUUUCUAUGACGAUUCAAUUAUUUCUACUACAGAUGUAUGGAAAUAAAAUAUACAAUUCAUACAGUCGUCAAUAUACAUCUUUGGAAUACUUU